AUGGGUUCUGCACCAGGAAGAUACAAUCACCCGGUAAUCGGAAAUGUCCAAGGCAACGAGGCAGAUGGUGUUGUCCAGUUUCUCGGCGUCAAAUAUGGCGUUUUGGACCACUGGUUUGACAAUGCGAGGUUACCAUCCUAUGAUGGCAGUGGCCUCAUUGCCGCGAAGCAUGGCCCACAAGCCAUAUCGGACCCUGCUGGGGUUGAUGUUGAACACCUGAUCAUCCAGAAGGCUCUGCCAAAACCCGAGCCCCCUGGUUGUUCAGGAACGGAAUGCCUCAAUAUGAAUAUUACUGUACCCCAGGAAGCUUCCCCGUCGAGCAAAUUUCCGGUCAUGGUCUUCAUUCACGGAGGAGGCUUUUUUACUGGCGCCAACUGGUGGCCCCAGGUCGACACGAAGAAAAUUGUCCAACUCUCCAUCCAGCAGGGGAAACCCAUCAUUGCGAUAAAUAUCAACUACCGCCUUGGCAUUGCUGGCUUCCUCACGUCUCUAGAACUACGCGACGCAGGUUUCCAAAGCAACAACGGUCACCAUGACCAACGGGUGGCCUUGCGAUGGAUCAAAGAGUACAUUUCUGGUUUUGGCGGUGAUCCUGAUCGCGUAACGGUCGCUGGCGAAAGCAUAGGCGGACUCUCUGCACUACGAGCUUUGAGUCCUGACGAGAAGCUCGCAUCACGUGUUGUUGUGUUGGCUGGCGCACCUCCUCUCAUGACCCCACCGCCGCUGGAAACGGCUGAACUUCCGUAUCAGCAAAUCCUCAAGGCCCUUGGUGUUGAAGGUAGCUCUCCAGCCGAGCGAAUCCAGGCCCUUAAAGAUACACCCCCCGAGUAUUUAUCUGCAAAGAUAGACAAGGGCAUAAUGUUCACCCCCCUGGUGGAUGGCAGGCUUAUACCAUCCCAGCCAACAUUCGAGGCCAUUCUCAACGGGAACCCACCAUGGAAGAACACUUCCUGUGAGGCUGCCCUUGUCGGCUAUGCCCCUCUCGAUGCCAGCGUCCUUGGAAUCAUGGGUCUGUUCCAAAGAAAACAGGGCCUCGCAGCCGCAUUCUCUGACCAUGUGCGGUCGAAUUUGACGCACCAGUCCCAGGUGGCAGACAAAUUACUGGAAAUCUACAAGAUCAGACACGAAACAAGCGACGAUGAAGCUUUGCUGCGCAUCAUCCAGUUCGCCUCGGAUAUUGGGUACCGUGCAACAGCCCAUGCGUUGGCCAAGACAUUCCCAGGAGAGUCGUUCCUGUUGCAGUUCUCAGAGCCAAAUCCGUGGGAGGGCCCUUUUAAAGGCCACACCACGCAUGUACUGGACGUUGCAUUUCUAUUCCAGAACUAUAACGAGCAUCUAGAUAGUCAGCAGAGAGCCUCGGCUGUGCAGUUCGCCCAGGACGUCAUUCUGUUCAUGCAUGGCCAUGCGCCCUGGGACAACUUUCAGAAAGCCGGCGGUAUGGCCAUUUACGAGAAUGGGACCAAGAAGGUCGUGGAAGGCCGCGAUACCAUGAUAGAGGAAUAUGCCGGUAUGCUUGAACUAGGAGAGAUCGUUGGGCUGGAUUUCUUGAUUAAGUUGGUGGAUGGAUUCAUGUUUAGGACAGAGUCUUGA